AGAGACUCGGCUAAAGGGGCGGCACGGGAACGUCCUCUCGGGUGGACAGUCCUGAAGACGAAGCCAGGUCUUUUUCUUCAGGACUGGUUUGGAUUGAGAGCAAACAAUUAGGGGUUUUGGCCCAACAUUGAUCGACACCCAACAACAGGAAGAACAUCUACACUGCUUUUCUUCAUGGUGGAUAAAAGUGUGAGUUUGUGUGUGAAUUUGAGGAGGCGACAUGUCGAGACCCCCUUCGUCGCAGACCACUCCUCAGACCUACAGGGUCAACGACAAAGACCUGACUGAAAUUGAGCUCCAUUCGGUGGACUCCAUUAACGACCUUCACCGGACACACCCGGAACACAACCACAAAGGAUCGAGGCCCCCCCGGCCCACGUAUACACCUUCUGUGAAUGGACACGUGCGCCACAUGACCGGCGUGGGCGGACGAGGCGGCCAGUGGCCGAGUGGUGUUCAGGACAUGCUGAGUGGCAGCUCGUCACGAGUGUACGCCAUGGCCUGUGGCGUCACCACCCUGCUCCUCAUCACCCUCCUGCUCAUGUUCUACUUCCUGGUGCAACAGGGCAGCGUGCUGUGGAGGUUGACGGGCGCCGUGAGGGACAAGGAGGCCACCACUGCAGAACUCUCCCUGCUCAUCCAGCAACUACAACAGCUGACACGCAACCUGACGGCCACUAGAGGGCGCACGUGAGAGGAGGAGGCGGAGCCAACCAAUUUGUUAUGCCCAACAAAGAAAAACUGCUGAUUUGACGAAAGCUACCUUCAUCUUUACUUCCUUUAUUGCCCUGAUAUUUGACAUUUUUAAAGGUUUUCGUGGGACAAUGUAUGUUUUAAUGUUUGCAAGCUUUACAAUGAACAACUUUGACGUGUAUGACCUCUUCUUUUUGCACUUAUGUGACAAUUAACUCUGCUCAAAUGUUACUACACAUUAUCUGAAGCAGCAUUUUUGGAAAUGGAAUCCAUCCAUCCAUUUUCUACUGCUUGUCCCUUUCGGGGUUGCAGAUGGCGUGGAUUGUUUCCGUCUGGUCCACAUCCGCGCAUCGACAUCGACAUCGACUGCGCAUGUGUGUCCCAUCCAACAUGGCGGCGCCCGGGGAUUCGCGUGCGGUUUUCACCGACGGAGUGCGAGCGGUGCUGCACACCUGGCCCGUUCUUCAGAUCGCGGUGGACAACGGCUUCGGAGGAGUCUACGGGCAGCAGAAAGCCGACUGGAUGGCGGACGUGGUCCAGCAGUACUUCCAUGACAACACCGACCUGGAUCAGUGUGAAGUGGAAGACUAUAUCGCCACCCUCAUGGACCAGGAGUUCCACACGGUGGUGGAUGAUGGCAGCUUACCGCAGGUGUGCGUUGGUCUGAUGCAGAUGUUCAGCCAGUGGCAGCAGGGGGCGCUGGAGCAGCUCACACACUCCAUCCAAUCACUGACGCAGAACAAGACUCUCAGGGCAAAAGUCACGGUCGUGCCCACACCGCCGGAGUCAGAGAGUGAUGAAGAGACACAGGCGAUGGAGUGUGAGACGACUUCAGUCAACAUAACAAAUCAUCAUCCUCCUCCUCCUCCUCAAGACGAAGAUGGAUGGACGCUGGUUCAAAAGAGAAAGUGACACCGAGGGACUUACCUUUGGACUUGAUGGUGAUGUCAUGGUGAUCGGGCACGUGACCUUGUGGCGUUCAGGACGUGCUGGAAACAAAAGUCCAUGUUUUGGAAACAAAAGUCCAUGUUUUGGCAAAAAAAGGACAGCAGGCCAGUUGGAUUUCUGUAAAUCACGCCGGCCGGGUUGCUGGUACAUAAACAUGGCGAGUUUCAUGUCGAACUCUGUCGGAAUUAUGCAAUUUCAAAAUAAAAAAUCAAAUGAUUUAGUUGAAACAAAGAUUUUGCCACAAGCAGAACGUUUAAAUGACUUUUUGAGUGGUCAAACCAGGUGUGUCCAAAUGCCCGGGGGUCAUUUUUAACGGUCUAAAAAAUAAACAUUAAAAGUGGAAUAAAAGCGCAAAGAGGUAUGAAAAGUUGCAUUGUUUACUCUGAUAACACAAAGCUGUUUUAUUCUUUAAAACUGUCAUUGCUCAAAACAUAAUAAUUAAUUAAACUCAGCGUUGUUAUGAA